CUAUGUCAAGGCAGACACCACUACAAGCAGCCAUAACCCGCAACCGUGGAAACUCAGAGUAAUCAGUGAAUUCUAGGUAGAUUAGCCUGAUCCAAGAAACUUCCUCACGCACGCCGCCACUCAAAUGUGGUGCCUGGAGCGGCUCCUACGGGUGCGGACACGCCCAGCGGCCACCUGUGCAUUUACCAAUGUUCUCACCCCGGACAGCAUCCCAGAGUUCUGCAUCCCGCCCAGGCUCCUGCCUAAUCCUUCCCCAGCCCCUACCCGAGAUCCUUGGCAGGAGGAGGAGCUGCGGCCAGCCCUGGUAGGAGCCAGGGAGGACCCGGACCUCACCGACUGGGACCCGCGCUCGCAGGCUGCCCUCUCGCUGCUCCACCUGCCGCGCCGGCCGACCUCGUACGGCUUCUGCGCCUUGCUGGAGAGCCCGAAUACCCGCCGCAAGGAAUCCCUUUUCCUUGGGGGCUCUGCAGCCGCGGCCGCCCUUCUCCUGCAAUCCCCGUCCGGUCCGCUACUGCGGCCUCGGGCUUACACCUACUGCGGCAGCGGCAGUACUUGUAACCCACGAGGGCAGAGAGGCGCCCCAGACAGCCCAGACACAGCCUCCUGCUCUUCCUCCUCUUCCUCCGCCAGCUCGUCCCCCUGCGUUUCCCAGCGCUCACAGGACGGCCCCGCCCUGCGCUCCCGGAGCCUUCCGCGCUCCUGCCGGCUCCUCCUCCGGGCCCCCGACGUGCUCUUGAGCCGGGCGCUGGCUAGGGCCCGAUCGGUCUCUAGCGCUGAAGAUGAUGACGAGGACUAUGAUGCCGUCCGGGACGCAGGUCGCGUCACCCUGCCAGCCACCUGCCAGCCCGGCUCUGCUCGGGCACAGGCUCCAUCUCCACCCCCAUCCCUGUCCCCUCUGAGCCCACAGCCCGAGCUCUUGCAAGUCGAGAGCACCGUGACCCUGGGCCGCGACGGCGGCGCCUUGCACUUGGCCGCCGAGUACUGCCCGGUGUCCCGGCGGCUGCGCAUCCGCCUGCUCAGAGCCGAGGGUCUCUACAGCGGCACGGCCGAGCCGGGGGCCAUCGGCUGCAGAGUCAGCUUCACCCUGGUGCCUCCGGGGAAGACGCGCAAGCAGCGCAGCGCCGUGGUCCGACGGAGCCGAAACCCAGUGUUUAACGAGGACUUCUUCUUCGACGGAUUGUCAGAAGAUGACCUGCGCCGCACCGCCGUGAGGGUCAAGGCCGAGAACAAGGGCCGGGGCCUGGAGCGGGACCGUUUGCUGGGCCGGGGAGAGCUGGAGCUGAGGUCCAUACUGCUCUGACAGUGGCCCAGCUCCACUUCUCCUUCCUGGUGCUUUAUAUUAACCGGGAUAGGCCCGGGCCCUGGCAGCUAUUUUGUAAAAAGAAAUAAAAGUGUAUUUUUCUUUAAA